AUGACUAGGAGGUCCAACAAGGACAACCUAGUUGAACAUCCAGAGAUAGACAAGCUCGAGAAGUUACUUAGGAAGCAAAAAGCCCAAGAGAUGGCCGACGAAGCAGCUCGCGCUCACGCCGCUGAAGUGGCGCGCGCCAAUGAAGAAGGACGAGAUCCGCCUCCUCCUCCUCCUAAUCCACAAGACCCUGCUGGAGAUGUGAAUGUGCAACCUCAAGCAGGAGUCCAAACAAUCGGAGACUAUGACUCUGCCGAUGCUUUCUUCACGGAUAGAAACCCUAUCCAUCCACCACUUCCUGCAAGGAAUGACUAUGAGAUCAAGCCUCAGAUCAUAGCAUUGUGCAAGCUCUUUUCAUUCUCUCUUGGCGACAAAGCUUCAAGAUGGUUGAAGUCUCUGCCAGCUCACUCCAUUACCACUUGGGAUGAGUACAAGGCCGCUUUCAUCAACCACUUCUACACCAAGCAAAGAUCAGUUUCUGUAAGGAACAAGAUCUCCAACUUUCGCCAAGCCAACAAUGAAUCUUUCUAUGAGGCGCUAGACCGAUUCAAGGAGUACAUUAGGGACUGCCCUAAUCAUGGUUUCAAUGAGGGAAACCUAUGGAACAUCUUCUAUCGUGGCAUAGACCACAAGUACAAGCUUUCAUUGGACACUGCAAGCAAUGGAAACUUCAUGACCAAGACUGUUGAUGAAGCUAAGGUUCUUAUUGAGAAUCUUGCAGCUAGUGAUUGUAACAAUUGUCCUGAUUAUGACCGCUCAAGCCGCACCACUACUAGCUCCCCUGAUUCUUUUCAAAUGACUGAACUCAAGAACAUGAUGGCUCAAGUUCUUAAGGGACAGCUCAAGCAUAUCAAUGCAAUAGAAGGGAUGAGUGAUGCGAAUGAAGACCCAUCAAGAGAAUGCAUGGGAGAUUUCUCUAAUGAAGCCAAUGAAGAAGAUGUGAACUACAUUGGAAACUAUGGGAACAAGGGAUACAAUCCAAGCUAUCGCCCAAACCCCAACAUGUAA